AAUUUCAACGCUGACCACUUCUUGCGCCGAUGGCUCUCGCAAAAAAACAUUUUAAUGAUGUCCCAACAACCGUGAAAACUCUGUCAUAUUUUGAUUUUCCGUGAAUCCAACAAACCAAACUUCUCCAUCGGAGUGUCUUCAUUUAACCAAGCGACUGAUUCAGGAUGAUGGAACUAAGCUUAACGCGGUCUGAUUAUCUUCAGGUUGGUGUGACUUCUCCUAAGACCCUGAAGCUUUUGCCUUCAGGAGGUAAACGAAGCACUCAGAAGAUUGCCAUUGCUGAUCAUGAUGGUGUUGUCACAUGCUUUGGGAUGAAAAAGAGUACUUCCCAGAUUGUCUUCAAGACCCUUCCAAGCUCUGCCAUAUCACGGCUAAGCCUGGGUGGAUUCCAGGGCCCUGCCCAAGACAGGAUCUUUGUAGCCUCUGGUGCUGAGGUUAAAGGUUUCUCAAAAAAGGGGAAGCAGUUUCUUGGAUUUGAUACAAACUUGACAGAGAGUAUUCAAGCCAUGUUUGUAAAUGGUGCUGAUCUUUUUCUGUGUGGAAACUACAUAUACAAUCACUAUAGAGAUUGCAAGGAUGAGAACUAUUACUUGUCAGGAGACAAGAUAAAUGAUGUCAUCUGUCUCCCACCAAGAAAGAGUGGUGAGUUAGUACCUAUCCUAGCAUGCCAAGACAGAGUGCUCCGUGUUUUACAGGACUCUGACCUAUUGUAUGAGGUAGAGGUUGCAGGACCUCCUUUGGUGAUGGCUUUGUAUGGGGGAAAUGGUGGACCAAGUGGAGAGGAGGUUAUUUAUGGGACAUCUGAUGGCAAGAUAGGUCUUGUUCAGCUUGGGAGACAUACUCCAAACCACAAGUGGGAGAUUCCAAAUGAAAAGAGGAAUGGGAGUAUACUGGCCCUGGAGACAUUUGACAUCACGGCAGAUGGUGUUGCUGAUAUCCUUGUUGGUAGGGAUGAUGGUGUUGUGGAGGUGUAUGGGUUUGACGAGAUGGACGAGCCAGUGCACAGGUUUUCUCAGACCAUGAGUGAGAGCAUCACCUCUAUCGCUGGUGGGUGUGUUAGUGCGGCCGGUUAUGAUGAGUUGGUGGUGGGAACUUACGCUGGAUGGGUGGUCGGCCUCACGACGGAGCCGCAGCACAAGGAAGCAGGAUCUGACAUGACGUCCCAAGAACCAAUCAGUGAAGAGACUCAACAAAAAAUCAACAACUUACGCUAUGAGAUUGACAGUUUACAGCAGCAAGUUCUAAAGGAGCGUGAGAAAUACCAAUACACAGCCCACUCUACAUCAGCUGUGUCUGCUAUUCCCCAGUUUGCGAUCAACGACAGAUUUGCCCUAAACCGUGAUGAUGCAAGCUACACGCUCAGUAUUGAAGUACAGAUACCUAUUGACAACGUCCUUCUGCAGAGCGAUGUGCCAAUUGACCUACUCGAUGUUGACAAGAACUCUGCUGUUGUCAGUUACAGUGCUUGUGAUGUUGAGAAUGGGAACUUUUUACUGGCAACGUAUCGCUGUCAAGCCAACACGACUCGCCUGGAGCUGAAGAUCCGGUCGAUAGAAGGGCAGUAUGGCACGCUACAAGCGUAUAUCACCCCUCGCAUACAACCCAAGACUUGCCAGGUCAGACAGUAUCCCAUCAAGCCUCUUUCGCUGCACCAGAGAACACAUGUCUUCGACGAGUCCAAGCCAAUGAAUUCUCUGAAGCUAACAGGGCCUUUCAGCUUUGCGGAAGUCCAUUCAUGGGUCUGCUUCUGUCUCCCUGAGGUCCCUGACAGGACCCCCGCAGGUGACCAAGUGACGUUUCAUUUUCUCUCCACAUUCCUGGAUACACAGCUUGAUUGCACCUACAGGAAAGGCGAGGCUGUGUUUUUAUCAGACAACAUAUCUACCAUCUCCAUCUUAAAAGACGUGCUGACGAAAGAGGCCACGAAAAGAAAGAUCAACCUAAACAUUUCUUACGAUCUGAGCGAGGAGUCAGUAGUACACACUUUAAACAUGAUUCACCCCAAACUCGAAUACCAGCUGCUGCUUGCCAAGAAGGUCCAGCUCAUUGAUGCCCUCAAGGAACUUCAAGGUCACGAGAAGGACAUCAGCUUCUUCGCACCCGAAUACAAGACAAUUCUCGAGGAGGCAGACCAACUGCAAGCAGAGUACAAGAAACAGCCGUGCCAUCUUGAGAGGCUGUAUGGAAUGAUCACUGAUCUUUACAUCGACAAGUUCAAAUUCAAGGGUAUGAACGUCAAGAGCAAAGUACCGAUGCUGCUAGAAGUCCUUGAUAACUACGACGUGCAAAACCUCGUCGACUUCUUUGAGGCUUAGUAUAGGCACUUCCCUGGUAUAGACUAUACAAGCACUAAGUAGGCGUGUAGCGAGGGGCGUACGCAGGAUUUUAACAAGUUGCAGUCAAAGCAUUCAGAAGCUGAAUGAGGGCGUGGCCCCUCAUCCCCGUGAAGAUCUCAUAGCUCCUGCUUUUGGAUUUGAAAUUGGCGUCAAUGCGUCAGACUUUUAAGAAUAUUACACGAUCCUCGAUCUAAAAUAGGACUUCAGUCGUCGCGUGGCACUGAACGACAUGACAAUAUGUUUGGAAAUCAUCUGUAGACUACCAUGAUUAAGAAAAUUAUAGUGUUUAUCCUGAUCAUAUAUAUAAGUUCAAAGCUGAACGAAGAGAUCCAGCGCUUGAGUUAACAUUUUUCCCCUCGUUAUGCAAAUAGGAUCGCCAAAUUUUUUUCCUGGUAGCGAGGGUGCACCCUCCCCCGGCCAUCUUAAACGGUCCUCGAUAGCUAUGACGUCCUACGUGCUUUUUACGAAAAAGUGGGUUACUCCUAUGAAAUAAUCGUCAAAUCUGGGAAAUUCUGUUUAUUUUCUUUGUGCUUGUACAGCUCUGGCUACGCAUCUGAAGAGUAACCGAUUAAGGGAAUGUAUAUUUAUUGAAUCUUUAUUUUAGACUGCAUGACGGACGUGACGAGAUAUUGCGUUUGGUUAAUGUUUGGUCACCUAAAAGUUGUUCACUUAUUAAAAGAUCGUCAAAUACUAAUACUUUCGUAGAUCUUCACUCUCCAUGAGAACUUCUACUUUGUAAAUAAUAAACUAGAUGAAUCAUUA